AGUGCGAACCUGUGAAGCAGACAAUAUAUGUUUACAAAAGAAUUCUUAACUUUUUUCCUUCUCAAUUAAGUUUUGCUACAUAUAUAUAAAUCACUUUCGUGUAGGAAUGAAACAACUAAAUUUUAAUAAAGAUGAAGAUAUUUCAAACUUAACUAAAGUUCAGGCGGUAUGCAGGGGUUGGCUAUGGAGAAAACAUUUAAAAGAGUUAUCUCAAAGUUUCUUGUUAAUGUGCAAAGAAUUUGACAAAGAUGAAUAUGACACUACAAAAUAUUUACAUAUCCCUUUUCUAUAUCAAAGGGAUCGAAAAUCUAUUCAGGAACAUCAAACAGAAAAUCGAGUUAUAGAAAAUGUUGUACAGAAUGCCGAAAUUCUUAAAUGUGAUGCUGAAAAUCAGUACGAAUCGUUAGAUGCAGAUUCAACAUUGACCUCAGUUUCUGAAGUUGAUUUGGAGGAUGGAGUCUCAUUAAUUAAAUCAGCAGAAUUUACAACGGAUCAAAACACAGAACAGCCCACAUAUGAUCGCAACCAAUUGGAGCGUCUUCAACAUGAAUCAAUGCUUGAACUUUUAUGGUUGCAGAACGCAAUACAAAACCGAAAAGAGUAUUUGCAAAUGAAAAAAAAUGCCGAAUAA